GGAUGCCGGUCGCCCCUCUUCCAGUGUGUCUCAGAACCUCGAUGUAACUGAACGCUGCGACCGCGAGCAAUAUUAUCAUAAAACGUUUGCUAUUCUUUACAAUAUACAUAUUCGUAAUAAACCGCCCAGUGUAUAUAAACAUAUUUAUUAUCUCGGAAAGAAAUAUAGCCGGUAUUUACAACUGAAAAUUUGUGAAACCUUCAACAGUAAUUGAAUAAGGACGUUGGUCAGACGAUACAAGAUGUUGAAAUUAGGCGUUAUAUUAUUUCUUGGUAUAUCUACAACGGUGAACAGCCAAUGUUUCUACAAAGACGAUGCAUCAAAGAAACUCAACCCGGAAGCGCGCACAAAUUUGUACCGAAACCAAUUGGAGUUCACAUUGGACCUGUUCAACACAAUAAACCACGCAGUUCCCGAUGACAAUAUAUUCUUCUCCCCGUUCUCUGUAUAUCACGCGUUGCUUCUAGCGUAUUUCGCUGCCGGUGGGGAGACAGAGAGCGCUUUGAAGAAAUCAUUACGUAUUUCCGAUAUACAGGACAAGGUGAACUUGCUGAUGGCAUACAAAGUGGACAAGCGGGCGCGCGCCGUCAACAACAACAGCGACAGCUACGAGUUCACCAACGCCAACAAGAUGUUCGUGGACACUGAUCUGCAUGUACGCGACUGUCUGCGGAACAUGAUGGCCGGGGAGUUGGAAGCACUGAAUUUCCACCAAAACCCACAAGUAGCACGCCAGCAGAUCAACAACUGGGUAGCUCAAAUAACAAAGAAUAAUAUUCAGGACCUGAUACCAGUAGACGGCAUCACUGAUACCACGAAACUAGUACUAGCGAACGCAGCUUACUUUAAGGGUGUAUGGGCUUCUAAAUUCCCUGUAGAGAGGACCAAGAAACAGGUGUUCUUUGUGUCUGAAACUCGGCAAACCUUGGUUCCUUUUAUGAGACAAAAAGGCACAUUCCAUUAUAUGGUGAGUGAUGAGCUGGGAGCCCAGAUCCUCGAGCUGCCGUACAAGGGCAACGACAUCAGCAUGUAUAUCUUACUGCCACCAUACUCGAUGAAAGAAGGCGUGUCAAAUAUCAUCAAGAACCUAACUCCGGAACGCCUGGCCGCUGUCGUUGAAGAAGGCUACAUGGGGCGCGAAGUGGUUGUUGAAAUCCCUAAAUUCACCAUAGAGAGAAGUCUGCCACUUAGACCGAUUUUGGAGACUAUGGGCGCGGGCAACCUGUUCGACGCCACGUCAAAUUUCAGCACCUUGUCGGAAGACAGCGGCAUCCUCUUCGAUGAUGCUGUUCAUAAAGCUAAAAUUCAGAUCGACGAAGAAGGUACGGUAGCAGCAGCCGCCACAGCGAUCUUUGGGUUCCGCUCCUCGCGUCCCGCUGAGCCGAGUGUCUUCAUCGCCAACUUCCCGUUCGUCUACGUCAUAUACGAGCGGCCCACCAACUCUGUUCUCUUCAUGGGCGUAUACAGGGACCCCAAGAAGUAAAAAAAAAUAAUCAUAGGAUGUUAAGGAAAAUGUUACGUAUCCGGGCACAGAUAUAUUGGCCAUCAAAACAAAAAAAAUGUCAAAAAGGCUAAAAAAAUAGAAUGAACAAUUCCUGUAGUUUUACCAAAAAGGCGAUAUUUCUUUUUUAUUGCAUAAAACUUUUAUUAAAGUAUGUACUAAACUAAUUAUCCGUAUUCCUAGAAUGUAUUUUAUUUCGGGACUUAAAUUAUCUUUGUAUUUUUGUCGUUUAAGUGAUUUUACAUUUAACAAAAUUAACAAAAGUACCUUUAAUUCGUGAAAAUGCGUAAAAGAAAGACAGGAAGCUUUGUGUGGAAAAUUCUUUUGACCUUGCGUCCAAACUGACGUAGUCACGAUGACUAACAGUUUUGCUUCCUAUUUCGUUUUGUCUUUUUGCAGUUUAAUAGUCGUACAAAAUCUGUUGCCUUGUCAAGAAUUGGGUUCUGUUCCGCAUACUUACGUAUGUUUUAGUCUUUACAAUACGUUAAUUAUUUAUUUUUUUAAUUUAUUUAUAAUGUAAACUGGUACAUAACUACAUUUUUUAUACCAUUUAGGAAGUUUUUAUUUGGCAAAACAUAAAAUAUCACACUAUACGUUGAUUUUAAAUUUAAAUGUAUAAAAUUAAUAUCGGAACAGAGAUCAAGUUAAGUGUUAAGAUUAAUCUAGAUGUCGAUGUUUAUAAUUUUAAUUUAUUUAUUUUCUUCACUUGAUGUAAUUAGAUCUUUAAGCGUUUAUGUUAAUGUAUAAUUUCUAAACCAUUGCAGUUUUGUACUAAGUGAUAAAUACAUUUUUUAAACAUA